AGAGAUACACUGUCAGAGCAAAGAAUAAAAGUACGACCCCUAAGGUAACUGAAAACCACAAGGGCACCGAUAAAUCCCAGGGAGCCUUUUGUCGGUUUCCCUGUAGCAAGCCUUAUCAGCACUGAAGUGGACUGAAGUCAGAGAGCUGUCUGCAUAGAGCUCCUCCUGAUAAGGACAAGAUGAACUGGCAACUGGUCAUUCUUGGAUUAGUCAUCCUGCCCAUUAAACUAGUAGGGACAUCCUUGUUUCUCAUCUAUUUUCCACAGAUCUUCCCCAGGCCGGGCUCUCAAGGGACCCUCAAUUCCACAACUGAGAGGAACAUAACAGUUCUACAGACUACCCCAGACCUGCCUAAGACGCAACCUGAUUCCAGCACAAUCACAACUACAGUUCGCGACAGAACAGUCAUGUCCCCUUCUACAGCUAAGCCCCUACAGUGGGAGGGGCACCGAGGGAAUUACUACUUAUUUUCUAAAGCCAAAGAGGUCUGGAGUUCCAGCCGAACAGAGUGUGAUGACCAGAGCUCGGAUCUAGUGGUCAUCAGUGACAGAAAAGAGAUGGAGUUUCUUCGUAAUAAAACAAGGGAUGCUGAUUAUUUCAUUGGACUAACUUACUCAGAGAUGGAGAAGAGAUGGUACUGGAUUGACAAGACAGAGCUUACGAGAGACCUAUUUACUCUGAAACCAAACACAUUGGAGUAUGAAAAUGACUGUGCAGUUAUCAGAGCUGGAGAAGUGAGUCCUGCAUCUUGUCACCAACAAAACCAGUGGAUCUGUGAGAAGACAAUGAAAUAACUCUUUUUAUGUUGGGAGAGACCCAGCACAGAUAGUUUGUGGCACUGGAAUCCAACUGGGGCAUUUCCCCCUAAUCUCAGACACAAAUAUGCACAUGUAUUCUCAUUUUAUAAUAAGAGGAACCAUAACAUGAUCCUGGCCUAUGGAACUUUUUAUUUUCUAUCCACGACAAAUUCCAGACCAAUGUAUGCAUUCUCGACACCAUUUCUGGAUGCAUUUUCAUCAGCACGUUGUAGGAAGAGUAAUGGAGGACUUCAUUUUCUGUAAUAAGGAUACUUCACCAACCUUAAUGACUCAAUUAGGCAUCUGAUAGACUGACCUCCAUGGAGGGUCACACGUGCUGAAAGGGUAUAGGGUGCAAGAACUACUCAAGGGCCAGGGAAGAUCACAGCUCCUACACAUGGACUGCUCUCUGCAGAGCAGAGGUGGGAAUGAAGCAGGACCAUAGCCCUAGCUCCUCGUCCCAGCGUUGUCCAAAAGAAUUGGGCCCUAAUCCACAAAGAGACUUAGGCAUGGCAAUGCAGUCCAGUUCAAUGCCUAAACUUUAGGUGUCUGGCUACCCAGUGGAAUCCACAAAACCUGAGUUGGGCACACAGGCUCCCUAUAAAAUGCAUGGGGAAAGAUACGUGCCUGAGAAUGGGAUCCACAAAAGCCCACACACUAGGGCAUGGAGCUGUCUAACCAACCACUAGCAGAUACUGAGGAGAGGGGUGUGUCCUAAGAAUCACCCCUCUCUGGGUCUUAGGCACCUAAAUCCAGGAUGGAAGGAGGCUCUUAUUUCUGCUUGGGAUUCACAGCCUGGAAUUGUCUCCUGGAAUCAUGCUCUUAAGCCAUUUUUUGCCAGAAAUGCAGUGGCACAUGCCUAAGUCCAUACCAACUGGCUGGGCAGGGGGGAAGGGAGGACCUCCUUUAUAAACUUUCACCCAGCGGUUAUAGCACUCACUUGGGAUGUGGGAGACACUAGUUCAGUUCCCCCCUGGGGCUGAGGAGAAGGAAUUUGAAUGUGGGUUUCCCACCUCUUUGACGAAUGCCCCAAUCACAGAACUAUAGAGCCAUUGUCUUGCUGGCCCAGUGUAUAUUUUGUGUAUAAAUAAUUAUAUAACAGCUUCAAGAGGCAAGUGUGAGAGAGCCCUAUAUCAAAACAUCCCAUCGUCCAGCGGCUAGGGCAGUCUCUUGGAAGACUUAAAACCUAAAUUCAAAUCCCUUGGCCACAUCAUGUAGAGGACAGAACUGAACCAGUAUCUCCCACAUCAUGGGCUAUAAGGGCAGCCUCCCUUUCUCCCAACUACCAUUGUGUACAGUUUGGUGCGUCUGAGCAUGUCUCCUGGAUCAGGCCUUGCAAGCGAGCUAGGAGGGGGAAUGCCUAUCUUCCCCUGGUUUGAGGAUUGCACAGAGGCUUAGGCGAAAGAUAGGUGCUUGGACGCCUGCUUGGGGCAGCAAGGUGCAUGCUCAGUGCCUUUAGGAUUUUUACAGCAAAAAUUGAGUUGCCUCAAGGGUUAGGCGGCAGCUGAACAGGAUUUUGACGAUCUCAGUGGUGCCUACAUUUUGGACUUUAGGCACCUAAAUUCUUUUGAGUGGCCCUUGGUUAUUUGCAGAGCAGGGAUCAUGAUAAACUCUCAUACAGGGGCACUCACAUUGACUCCAGGACAGAUUGUGCUUUAUUGUGCUCCUUUUCGAGCUCUGCACAAUCCCCAACCCAGUGCCAUAAACACACAGUCUGGCUUUGAAUAAUUAGAUUAUUAAAUAGUGAGGCAUGAAAAACAAUUUUGUUACAUUAUUAACAGACCAUUCCCUUCCUGGGCGACUCCUCAUCUAUUCUGACUGUAUGCUGCUCAGUUCAGGGACCUUCUCUCCUUAUGUUUGUAAAGCACUUAGUACACUUUGAGCCCUGAAUAAAUUCUAAUGAUAAUGGUGUACUCUUUCUCUGUACAUUUGCCAGAAGGCUUUAAAGGCUGAGAUCUAUUUUUUGCUUUAAGUCUCCUCUGAACAUGCCUGACUGUCUUUCAAGUCAUGGUGUUUAGUCGACUAAAAAGGAAGGAUAUGCAUUCCCUUUCUUGCAUCUGUAUGUUAGAAAAUCAGCUCAUGGUUUGCUAACACAGCAAAUGAAUUACAAAACAGCAUGCAGAUUUGCAAAACUCAAAGAUUCCUUUAGAGAAAGAGCAGUUGAUUGUGCAAGUGGAGCAACAUCUGUGGUGUUAAAAUCAGAGAAGUGCUGCCGCAGGGUGAUUAAGCAAGGUAGAAGAUGGAGGUUUGGUUACUAGACCAGAAGAAGUUCCUAACAUGGAGAGAUUUUUAUGAAGGGAUUAAUCACCUCACCUAAUAUUUGUUGAAAGAAAGGAAAGGCAAUAGCUUUUCUCCAUAAUUAAGAGACUCACUUUCCAUUAAAUACCUGAUUUUAAACCUCUGCCUUAACUUCAACAAAACUCAACCAAUCCAGUAGAAGUUUCCCAUGUGUCCCCAGCCAGAGGAGUAAAGUUUGAGAGGAAUCAAACACGGUAUUUUGGAGACAGGAGAGUCUGGACAACCAGAGAAGCAUUGCUUUUGAGAAUUCUUGUAAUUUUUUUCAAUGUCAUAUCUAAAAAGAUGCCUUGGAAGCUCCCAGGGUAUGUCUGUUAUGAGAAAUUCUGGCUACAGAGACAGAAAUAUUGGCUUGAGUGGGUUCUGGGAGCAAGAAAAGCUCCUGAGUACUUUUCCUAGCUCUGCCAUACUGUGAGCACUUGAUAUGUUGCAUUUAUCCAGAAUAGCUCAUACAAAGAUACAGAGGUAUUUUACAGACUAAUGAUUACAGACUAAAUAGCAUUAUUCCCAUUGUGCAUUCAAGGUAGGCAUAGAUAAAUUAAGUGACUUGGCCAAGAUCAUACAAUGAAGUAGUUAUGGAAUUAGGAUAAAGAACUAGGGGCCAGAGCCUCAGCUAGAGUAAAUUGGCAUAGUUCCAUUGUAGUCAAUAAAGCAAUCCUGAUUCCCAUUAGCUGAGGAUCUGACUUCACAUUUCUGACUCUCAGUUCCACACACUUAAUCCAGUAGACCACACUUCCAAGUAAAUUACAUAAACACUCCUUUAUGUAACUUUCCUCAUGGGGCUAUAGUUACUUCGGUCCUUUAGAAGAUUAAAUAGUUACGGGUAGUGUCAUAACGAUAAAGGGAAGGGUGUAACAGCUGUCCUGUGUACAGUACUAUAAAAUCCCUCCUGGCCAGAGACUCCAAAAUCCUUUUUCCUGUAAAGGGUUAAGAAGCUCAGGUACCUGGCUGGCAUCUGACCCUAAGGACCAAUAAGGGGACAAGAUACUUCCAAACC